AUGUGCUGGGCUAAACAUGUGACUCUGGAGUCUAGAAAUGGCUUGAGUGAUAAUAUUGUUCCAUUCCAUAAGGAGCCUACACCCAAGGAUUGGAUUGUUCUUAAUGAAGAUGGUGUUGUUUCAAGAACAUCACGAAGAGCAACUGCUAGAGGAGUGGUACGGGAUAGUACUAGCAAUUGGGUAAUGGGUUAUAACCAAUUCCUAGGGAAUUGUUCAAUUUUUGACGUAGAACUAUGGGGCAUUCUGGAUGGCUUAAAACUCAUUCAACGUAGAGGUCAUAACAACGAGAUUAUUCAUUCUGAUAGUUUGGAGUUAGUCAAAGUUAUUCAUGAAAAUGUUUCGAAGAGCUCAACCUCUGCUUUGAUCAGGAGAAUACACCGGAUUUUGUCCCAAGAAAGCCAAUGGAUUCUACGAUACAUUCCCAGGGAAGAUAAUAAAUGCGCAGACUAUCUUUCUAAAUUGGCUUUUGAAAGAGAGAAGGAUUUACGACUGUUUGAGUCUCCCCCAGAUGACGUGUUAGAUUUCUUUAAGUCUGAUAAAGAGAGGACCAUUGCACCUCUCGAAUAUUUCUUGUAA